AUGCGGUUUAUAUUGUCUGUAGUAUUAAAGGAAUUAAAUGGAACUAACUCAAAAAAACCUUUAUUUCAAUUAAUUAAAAGAAAUCUUAAUAAUCUAUUUAAUUUAAAUAAUUCUUUAUUAAAUAGUCGAAUAUUACGUCGAUUUCAAUCAUCUGAAUCAAAAUCGCGCGAAGAUUUUUUAUCAAGUUCUUCUCAUAAAUUAAAUUGUGAUAUAUUUAUAUUAACUAAAGAUGGUGAUUUACAAGUUCAUCGAGGUCCAUUUGAUCGUGCUCAAAUAUGUCAACAAUAUAAUCUUGCACCAAGAGAUUUACAAAAACUUGAUACUGAUCUUCUUAUUAAUGUUCCAAUAAUUGAUAUACGUCAAAAUCGAUUUAUUUGUUUUUCAUUUCGAAGACUUCGAAGUUUAGUGCAAUCUGAUCGAAGCAUUUUUUUUGUUCCAUCUGCUGAUAAAGUUAUAGCAGAACCUUUUGGAAUAAAAGAUGCUGUUCAUUGGGAACGUAUUGCUCAAGCGUAUAAUCGAAAUGUCAGAUAUAUACAUGAACUUUAUAAUGAACGAUUUGUUACUCCUACAUUAAAUAAUAUUGAUCCAAUACCAUUUGAAUUUCGAAUAGCGGAAAUUAAUUUAGAAACUGUUGCUCGUCAAUUAAAAUUAAAAACAAAUGAACUUUUAAAUGAAUUUCAAAAUGUUCGAGAACGUGCUUAUGCUCGUAUUACUCUUGUAAGUUUACGUGAACUUGCUUUACUCAAAGAAAAAGUUGAUAAAUAUAAACGAAAUGCUGAUCUUGCACAUCAAGCUAUCGUUGAUGUUCUUGCACAAGAUGAAGAUAUGAUUGGAAUGUAUCUUACUGAUAAUCGUAAACGAGAUAUAUCCGAUCAUAUAGAAGUUGAACUUUUACUUGAAGCAUGUACUAAACAAAUGGCCGAAGUACGUCGAUCUAUUUCGGAUCUUUCUGAUUCAGUUCAUACACUUGAAAGUGCUACGGGUUUUAUGCUUGAUGCUGUUCGAAAUGAACUUCUUGCAUUUGAAAUUCGAAUUAAUAUUAUAACAAUGGGUUUUGGAGUGGGCGCUUUUGUUACAGGAAUGUAUGGAAUGAAUUUAUUAAAUGGCUUUGAACAACAUCCAUAUGCAUUUUAUAUUGUUACUGGUACAACAUGUUGUUUUAUUUGUGGAAUUAUUACGAUUGGAAUUAUGCGAUUGCUUCGAUAUAGAAAAGUUCGAUUGCAUAGAUCAAAUAAAAUCAACAUUUUUUAA